AUGCCACUCGGUCGACCCGUGCAACCUCUCAUCUUUGUGACUCAAACAGACCUAGGCUGGACCACCGAGAUCUCUCCCGGUUCGACUAGAACGACCUUGCCUAGAAUGUUUACACCACCCACUACCCCCUCGCCUACUUUGCGAGCUGGUGAUCCACCCAUGACGCCUAUCAAGAGCUCCGGUCGUCGACCCCGGACACCUUUGACUCGACCGCCUCCUUCUUCCCUCGCCUUAAAAAACGUACAACGCUCGUCCCAUACUCAAUCCGAGGCGUCCUCAUCAUCUCGUCCACAUACGGCCGGCGCCGACGCACACUACUCGGACGUCUUUGGCUCGAGGCUCGAUAGUCCGUUUCAACAACAAUAUGACGGCGAGGUGGUCUGGAUCAAGAAUCGGAAGGUGGAUGACGAGGCGGAUCUGGAUGGGUUUAGGUUGGCGACUAGCCCAGAUCCCUUCAAGAUUGGGAGUAGGGAAGAGAUCAGAGCGAGCAUGGAGAUGGAGAUGCCCGUCUUACCGCAAUCUCCUGGCCUGGGAUCUCCCUUCCAAACACCUCGACCCAAGAAAUCAUCCAAACUAGCCAACGAUAUCACCCCGACCUCGACUCUGACUACCCACCGCUUCGAAUCUCCCUCUCCGCUCGCUCGCCCUCCGAUGUUCUUUAGCCCAUCAGGCAGCUCGACAGGAACCGCUUCCCCGCUCUCCUCUUCCAGCGUGCCAUGCACUCCGAACGCCAAGCCGACGGGGUACUUCCCCUCCCCAGCUAUCGCUCAGAGUCCGACUGCGCCCUCGAUCAAGUUUGGGACGUGGUCUCCGAUGAAGAGUUUGAGAAAGAGGGAGCGCAAAGACGAGGGGUUGGUUGGGCUGGGUAUUACGAAUAGACGAGGUUCGGCUGGAUUGGAGAAGCUUGACACCGCGAUGAUGGCCAACUUGCACAUCCCCGACUUCUCAGACGAUAUCACACCCACCGGUUCGAAACCACAAAUGCGACUAAGCCCGGCCAUAGUAUCCCGCUCGAGAUCCGCCACGCCUACAGCAUUGACGAUCGGCACCAGUAGCUCCGAGUCGGACGGAUCCAAUUCGAGUUCGACUACCGGUUCUGCUUCGACCGCGCCUCCUACCAGCGCCACUGGGUCUACGAGGACGAGCCGACGAGCGAUGGCUACGGCCUCGCUUAAGCGGAUCUUUAGGCAGACCUUUCAAAGCCCUAAAGGUGGUCGGAGUGGUUCGAGUACCGUUUCCUCGCGUAGCCCUUCGAGGUCACCUGGGAGGAACCUCGGCGAGGCGUUGGAGAGGAUGCAUGGAGGGUUUUUGCCCGAAAUCCCCAGGGUGGAUACGGUGUUCUUGAAGGAUUUCGACGAGGUUGGGACUGGGACCGGUAGUGAGUGGGAAGAGAGGCAAGCCGCGGGAUCCUUGAAAAGUCGGGAUGCGAGAGUGAGGAGAGUUUCGACGCUCGGUGUCACUCGCGGCCGACCUCUUCGUAGAUCCAGGACCGAGAUCGGCGUCUGGUUCAACGGAAGCUCUCCGAAUCGUCCUGCCACCGCGAACACGAUGAACUCUCCCCGCAGAGACCGUCGUCCGGCACUGAUGAGGACGGAUCAUAGUGUCAUCUACCCUGGUUCUCCCACCUCGAUGGCGAUCAAACGGGAGAUGAACAGCACCCGCGCCGAAUCUCCUACGCCACAACGCCGUCGCGCUUCGUCGUCGUCAGUCCUGCACGCCUACCGCGGCCAUGGGGUCGAGAACGAACUGCACGACCAGGAAGACGAUUCGAAUACGGGUAGCGAGACCGAAGAUGACGAGUGGGAAGGUUCGGAAGAGUCUUUCACCUCGGCACCGAUGCUUUCGCCGCGGGACGUCGAAGUCGUGUUUAGCCACGAUCACAGGAGCAAGAGCGGUAGCGACGUAUUGUCGCCCAGUAGCACCUACUCGUCGUCAAAUGGCGGAUCGACCUGGAAAUAUUCGAGGUACGGGACAGCUAGACCAGCAGAGGGGGACAAGACACGAAGGUCGAUCCAGCAUAUGCUCGAUCAGACCGGGUUUUUGAACGGUGGGAUGGUGCAGACCUUGGCAACCGACCGGGAUGACGAGAGGAAAGAGUCUCAGAGGAGCUAUGCGCUUGCUAGGCUGGAGGGAAGAAUCGAGCCGAGGAUCGCUCCCGACUGGACCAGCAUCUUUGCUCCCCAGCGAGUCGGGUCGUCAGGCAGUGAGGAGAGCGCCUAA